AACACAGACCCCAAGACACACGACUCCCGCAACUUUUUCAUUUCCUCACGGGGAGCGUCAUUUGCGUAGACGUUACAACGAGAUGGACUUAUGUAGGUUAUCAGACGCACUGGGGCCCCCUUGAGCAUUUCUGAAAUUAAUGUCAGAAUGACGAAUAUGAUGAAGGGCUCGCGAUGAAUAUUUCAUGUAUGACCCAUAUGAGGGAACGGGAGAGGGAGAGAGCAGCAGAGAUGCUGAGACGCUGAGCGGGCUUCGGCGGAGCCUGAGCUGAGCUGCGGCUGAGAGGGAGGGAGGGUCCAUUCCACGCGUGGAUUAUUGUUGCUCUGCAUCGCGCUCUAUCCAUAAGGGAAGCGGCCGAGGAGAAUCGGAAGAAACCGAAGCCCAGACCGAAAAGAGCUGCGUGAGGAAGCAAAGCGAUCGGUCGGGGUGAUGACGCUGCCCUCGGCCCAUGAGUUUCACUGGCAGAGCCUGGCGAGUCUUUCCAGCGCCCGCGUCUAUCACUCACUAGCCGACGUCGGGGGACAGCUGUAUAUGGUGGGGGGUUGCGACGCUUCGGGUCGACCCACCAGCGCUCUGGAGCUCUACUCCCCUGAGGUGGACCGCUGGCUCGGUCUCCCUCCGAUGCCCACGCCGAGAGCCGGGGCGGCCGUGGCUGUGUUGGGUAAGCAGCUGCUCGUGGUUGGGGGAAUGGGGAAGGACCAGCGCCCCCUGAAGGCUGUGGAGGUGUAUAACACCGAAGAAGGCAAAUGGAGGAAGAGGUGCUCGCUCAGAGAGGCGUCCAUGGGCCUGUCUGUCACUGUUAAAGACGGCAGAGCUCUCGCUGUUGGGGGAAUGGGAGCAGACCUCCUGCCUAGAAGUGUUCUCCAGCAGUAUGACCUUCGCAAGGACGUGUGGGCGCUCCUUCCGCCCAUGCCCACCCCUCGCUACGAUACCAGCAUCUGCCUACUGGCCUCCAAGAUCUACGUGGCAGGAGGACGUCAGUGUAAGCGUUUGGUGAAGGCGUUUGAGGUCUUCGACAUGGAAAGCCGUACCUGGUCCUCUCUACCCAGCCUGCCUUGUAAGAGAUCUUAUUCUGGGGUCUUAUGGGACAGCGCCGGGCGUCUUUGCUGGUUGGGAGGGCUCAGACAAGGAGGAAUACACCAAAGUUCAAAGUUUACCAAGAAUGUUAACAUCUUUGACACCAACCAAGGAACUUGGUUGAAAUCGGAGGACACCGUACCCUUGAAAACCAAGCGAGCAGACUUUGCCGCAGCCAUAGUGCGAGGCAGAAUGAUCGUGGCGGGAGGCCUAGGCCAUCAGCCAUCAGUGCUGGACACCGUUGAAGCAUUUCAUCCCGAAAAAAGAAAAUGGGAAAGGCUGUCGCCCAUGUCGACGCCGCGUUGCUCUGCCUCCAGCAUUGUUAUCCGUGAUCGCCUACUGGUAGUAGGAGGUGUCAAUCAAGUCCCAAGCUCCGCCCAUGAGAUUCUUUAUAUAAAGGAGGAGGAGAUUCUUUAACCACAGAACGUUAGGUUUACACAUCAGAAAAAGUUGCCUUCGAUGAUCAAGUCCAUUUUUCACGGUGACGUUUACUGUCGCUUGGCAAAAUUUUGCAUCAAAAUCCAGUCUGUGCAUUCGGGAGUAUCGCUUUCGCUCGUGUUCAGUGUGAUUUUUUUUGCAAAUUCACUAUGAUGAACAAUAGAAAUCUGCUACUUCGUAAGCUGCGAGUUGGGGUUUUUCACCGAUUUUGCACGUUCGAAUUGGUUUGAUAAAUUUGCCAAACUAACCUACUAUAAACUGCUGGGCUCAUGUAGCGAAUUUGGUAACACUUUAAAAUAAAGUUCCUUAGUUAACAUUGGUUAACAACAAUAAUAAACAUGAACUGAGAACUAACAAUACUUCUACAUCAUUUAUACAUUUUUAGGUGAUGUUAAUUUCAGCUUUUACUAAUGCAUUAUUAAAAUCCCAAGUUUUUUUAACAUUAAUGCGCCGUGAACUAACACGAAUAAUCAAAGAACAACCGUAUUUUCAUUAACUAACAUUAACAAAGAUGAAUAAAUAGUGUAAUAAAUGCUGUUUGUUUGCAUGUUUGUUCAUGUGAAUUAAUACUUUAAUGUUAACAAAUGACACGUUAUUGUAAAGUGUUACCGCAAAUUUUCAUAACCGACUUUAACACUAGCUAAAACUGCUUCGGGAAGUUAACCAAUCAGCUUCCUCUCGGUCAGCUCGGCAAACUCACAUGACCAACUUCUCGGCGCUGGGAACUUUUUUUGCCCUCAUGCGAAUUUCUCAAUCACGUGGAAUAGAUUUCGACCGCAAAAUUUUGCUAAUGCGACCGCACUUUAAAGCCUGAAAUAUACUCUACUCAAAUACUCAAAUGUGAAUCUUGCGAUGCACUGCAAAUGCAAUAGGCGAGGAUGUAGAGUUUCCUUCAAACGUUUGUUUUAAAUUCAAUUCAGGUAGCUAGCUACAAAUAUGUCAGCAGUUUAAAUGUAAAACAUCAUUUUUGCUAGCCCUAGCACAUGAUUCCCUUCGAACUGUUGCUCCGCCAUGACAGUAGUUUAGCUGAAACAGAAAAAUGACUGUAGAGGAUGUUUACACUGAUGCCUACUAUAGCGCUCCUUGUGGCAUUGCUGACAUAUUUCAUAUGCCAAUGCAUGAAAUCAAACUAGAGUUGGUGUUUAUGUACUUAUGUAGAGUAUGUUUUGGGCUUGUUAUCAGCACAACAAGGUUCUUGAAUGCUAGACUGUUCAAACAAAUAAGCUGCACUAUGUGACAAGGAAUAACUAAAGCACAUUGUAGGAAACGACAUGUAUUUUAGUUCCACAAAGCUCACCGGUAAUUCCAUUAUUACAAACUGCACAGCAACGACAAUCUGCCUUUUAAAGCCAACAGCACCAAACACCUACUGAAUGAUCUAAGCCAACAACAUAUGCACAAACACACCUUCAGAGACACAAUAAAUCAGUGUUUGAAAAAGAAACAGAUUUAGCAGUCUCCCUAUAACAGUGUCUUGAGAUAUUUUUAGGGUGUUUACAGGGUGGCUAUUUAAUCUACUGCUAUUUUUAGCAUGAUCAUUUAGUAAUACAGCAGAGGUCUUAUUAAUAAAGUGAAGUCUUAACUUUAGGGUGUUAUUUGUGAAUACUGUACCUCACUGCAUUUGUUGUGUAGGAGGCGUUAUGUGAACAGAUUUUGGUGGUUCGUAUGAUUAAUAUGGUUAUUUUUCACUCAUUCUGGUCAGUUUCAUCCUUGUCAAAGGUAACUUGCACUGCUGUAGCACACACAUGCAAUCCUUUUUUCUAAAUAUUUACAGGGUGAUCAGCAAUUUACGGUAGCAUCGAGUACUUUGUCUUUAAAAACCUGUUGAAAUCAAAAAUAGGGAGUUUUGUAACCAAAAAAAAAACUGAAAAAAGACUUUCCAAACCUUUUCAAACGUCCUGCACCAACAGGACCAAAAGAAACUCCGGUCUACAUAGGAUUUCAUUGGGUUUUUAAUACUACUCAAGAUAUUGAGUGUGUUUACAUGCUUGACAAUUCCGGCUACGCAAGUAACGUUUACACGAGUUUUGAAAUUAUUGGUUUGGGUGCAAGUAUGCACACACAAAAUACACCACCAGGAUUGUGGCUUAAACAGUUCAUGACUUUCAACUGGUAAAAGAAAACCAUUUGCAUUUACAUUACCAUGCUUGCUGCUGGGUGAUUAAGCAUAAUAAGCGUAAGACUGUGCAAGUAAACACACUCAUUGUCAGCACAAGGUUCAGAGAUGCAGUAUUUUGAAUCGGGAAAAAAAAGUUGAAAAGCCUUUAGGGGAGUCAUCAUAGCUGUGGCCAAUAUCAUUAAAUGAUGUUUACUUUUUUCUAUUAUGAUGUUUUCACUUAGCCAUUUGCUCUAAUUUUGUUAGAAUAAUGUGUCUUGGAUGCACAUAGCAAUAAAAUGAAGCACUGUAAUAUAUGGUUUUCUACAAUGCUUGUACAUUUGUGGUUUUGCCAUUAAAUGAACUUUGUCUCCUGC